AUGGGAUCAAGAUUGGAGCCAGAUCCUGCCACCCUCCCACUACCAGCAUCACCCGCACCGUCACCCAUUCCACCACCGACAGAAGCCGAGAAUCCAGAGCAAGAAGCAGAGCCGAAGCAAAAUGCUAAUAUCUCCUCUUCUCCACCUCAUAGUCAAACUACCACUCGCCCUGAGGGCGGCCGCAAGAACAAGACCCCCGAGGAGGAAGUCACCGGUGUUGCCGACCAGGCUCUCGCCAGCGCGGGCGACAUGAAGCUACCCGGUCUCUCACCUAAGGAGGGUGAUGACAGCUCGCUGAAGAUCAAAAUCAGUUUGAACCUUCAUGCUAAGGUUCGCUUGGAUCUGGACGCUCAGAUUUACGGUGAUAUCACCAUUGGUCUGCUGUAA